AUGGGCAAAAACAACGGCAGUUCAAACUACAAGAUGGCGGAGGUAAACCGCCUUAUGGACUUGGUGGAAUCGUACUUGCCGCUUGGAAAGGACGGGUGGGAACGCUUGGCCAGCGAAUUCAACGCUACCCGUCCGCGUAGCUGGGCCGAGCGGGACUUUGACAGCCUCCGCCGAAAGUUCAAGCCUCUUUAA